AUGAUGUUUACAAUAGAGGAAAUCAAUGCCAAAGCUAAACUCCUUCCAAAUGUUACCCUGGGCUAUAUGAUCUAUGACACCUGUGCUACAACAACCCAUUCACAAAGAGCGACAUUUACUAUAGUUCAUGCAAAGUAUAACAAUGGGUUUCCGGCAGUGCCUGCCAUUGUUGGGGAUUAUGGAUCAACGCAAUCCAUGGCACUUGAACGGGCACUGUUUCCUUACAAAACUCUACUGGUUAGCUACUUUGCUUCUUGCGCUUGCCUCAGUAAUCGUCAACAAUUCCCUACAUUUUUCCGAACAAUACCUAAUGACGCUCAUCAGGUUAAAGCACUCGCUCAGUUUGUGCACAAGUUUAACUGGACAUGGAUUGGUGUAAUUGGCGGUGAUGAUGACUAUGGUCAAUAUGGAAUAAAAUAUCUUGCUGAUGAAGUUAAAAGUUGGGGAGGGUGUGUUGCUUUCACUGAAAUAAUUCCUAAAGUAAUUUCAAAAGAAAACUUGCAGUCUAUUGUCACAAAAGUUAAAAUGUCCUCUGCUAAGGUCAUUGUCAUGUUUGCAAUUGAAGCAGAUGCCUACCCAGUGUUACAGGAGGCUGCAUUCCAGAAUCUUACUGGGAAGCAGUGGAUAGCAAGUGAAGCAUGGGUAACAUCAACAUUAAUCGCCACAGACAACAGUAUGCCAUUUUUAGAAGGAACAGUGGGUUUUGCAAUACUAAGAGCAGAAAUAUCAGGGUUAAAAGAGUUUCUGCUAAACAUCCACCCUGGAAAUCAUACAGAAAACAUGUUUGUCAAAGAAUUUUGGGAAACAAUGUUUGAAUGUUCUUUGGAAACAAAUACAUAUAUAACAGCUGACUCUAGCCUAGCAAGAUACAAUAGAACCUGCACUGGUUUGGAAGAUUUACAGAAACACAGGAAUAUAUAUACUGAUACUUCACAUCUAAGGGUUUCAUACAACAUAUACAAAGCAGUUCAUGCUGUUGCACAUGCACUUCAACUAUUAUACUCUUGUGUGGAUGGACAUGGACCAUUUAUUCAUAAAAACUGUGCAAACAAAACUAAUCUUCAGCCGUGGCAGGUUCAACAUUACAUGAAAGAUGUUCAUUUUACAAGUAAAUCUGGUGAUGAAGUACAAUUUGAUGAAAAUGGAGAUCCAGUGGCAGCCUAUGACAUACUCAAUUGGCAGAGAGAUGGAAAUAACUUUAUUCAGUUCAUACAAGUUGGACAUUUCAAUGCCUCUCUGAUCUUACAUGAAAACUUGAUGAUUCAUGAAGAGAAAAUUAUUUGGAAUGAAGACUCCAAGAAGGUUCCCAAAUCUGUAUGCUCAUAUGCUUGCAAACCAGGAAAAAGAAAAGCUAUGUAUGAUGGGAAACCAAUUUGCUGUUACGAUUGUGUGGCAUGCUCUGAUGGAUCUAUAAGCAAUGAAACAGAUGCUUUAAUUUGCAUUCAGUGUGCCCAAGAUUACUGGCACAAUGAACAGAAGAACAGAUGCAUUCAAAAGCAGAUAGAUUUUCUGUCAUUUGAUGAUCCUCUGGGGAUUUCAUUAACUUCCAUUGCUGUAUGUGGUGCUUUGCUCACAAUAUUAGUUGCUCUCCUUUUCACAACUCACAGAAGUACACCUAUUGUCCGGGCUAAUAACUGUGAACUAAGUUUCCUACUUCUAUUUUCACUGAUAAUGUGCUUCCUCUGUUCACUAUCCUUCAUUGGGCCACCAAAUUUAUGGACAUGCUUACUGAAGCACACUGUAUUCAGUGUUAGUUUUGUCUUAUGUGUCUCCUGUAUUCUUGCAAAAACAAUUGUAGUUAUAAUCGCUUUUAAAGCAACAUUGCCUGACAAGAAUAUAAUGAAAUGGUUUGGACCUAAACAGCAAAGAUGCAUUGUAUUUUUCUGUACACUUAUCCAAAUUGUUAUUUGUGUACUAUGGAUAACUGUAUCCCCUCCCUUACCAGUUGAAACCAGGAGUUUGUCCAGAAGUAAAAUCAUACUAGAAUGUAAUUUAGGGUCAGUAUUCUUAUUCUGGGGAGUAAUGAGCUAUCUGGGAUUUUUGUCAUGUUUAUGUUUUCUUCUUGCAUUUUUUGCACGGAAUCUGCCAAAUAGUUUUAAUGAAGCCAAAUAUAUUACUUUUAGUAUGAUCACGUUUUUUGUGGUUUGGAUAGCCUUUAUUCCAUCUUAUAUUAGCUCUCCUGGGAAAUAUGCAAGUGCUAUUGAAAUUUUUGCUAUUUUGUCCUCAAGCUUUGGUUUACUCCUUUGCAUAUUUGCUCCUAAAUGCUAUAUUAUUUUGGGAAAACCACAGAGUAACACAAAGAAAUACUUGAUUGCAAAAUCUACAGUUAGACCUUAG